UGUUAAGAUCAGUUGGGAUCUCAGGAACAAGGACUCAAAAGAAAGAUCUAAAAGGACUACAUCUUUAGGCUGAUGAAAUGUUGAUUUACUAACGAGAAGCAAAGCAGGAUGUUAGUUUCAGGACGAGGUGGCCAGGAAACCAAGCGCUUGCUGCUCUCCGUUCUGCUACUUGCAGUCUGGGAGGCCGGCAGUGGUCAGGUCCACUACUCGGUCGUGGAGGAGACCAAACACGGCACCUUCGUGGGUCGCAUCGCCCAGGACUUGGGGCUGGAGCUGACGGAGCUUGUACCGCGCCUGUUCCGGGUGGCAUCCAAGGGUCACGGGGACCUUCUGGAGGUAAAUCUACAGAAUGGCAUUUUGUUUGUGAAUUCUCGGAUCGACCGGGAAGAGCUGUGCGGGCGGAGCGCGGAGUGCAGCAUCCACCUGGAGGUGAUCGUGGACAGGCCGCUGCAGGUUUUCCAUGUGGAGGUGGAGGUGAAGGACAUUAACGACAAUCCUCCUGUAUUCCCAGCAACACAAAAAAAUUUGUUUAUUUCCGAAACAAGGGCUCUUGACUCGCAUUUUUCACUAGAGGGCGCCUCUGAUGCAGAUAUCGGGGCAAACGCUCUGCUGACUUACAAACUGAGCCCCAAUGAGUAUUUCUCUCUGGAAGUACCCACCAACGAUCAGGUAAAACCCCUCCAACUAGUACUAAAAAAACCCUUAGACAGGGAAGUCUCUUCAGAGCUUCUGUUGGUGCUCCAAGCAACUGAUGGGGGCAAACCUGAGCUGACAGGUAGCACAGAAUUACACAUCACAGUGCUGGAUGUAAACGACAAUGCCCCAAUGUUUGACAAAGCAGUCCAUCGUGUAAAAUUACUGGAGAAUUCGAAAAACGGUACACUGGUUAUUAGACUUAACGCCUCGGAUUUGGAUGAAGGUUCAAACAGCCACAUUCUUUAUUCCUUUGCCGCUGAUGUCUCUUCAAAUACAGAAGACUUUUUCCACAUUGAUUCGGCCAGUGGAGAAAUAAAAGUAAACGGAAAAAUAGAUUUUGAAGAAACUAAAUUAUGGAAACUUCAAAUAGAAGCAGUUGACAAAGGACAUCCCCCCAUGUUUGGUCACUGCACAAUCUUGGUUGAAAUCUUGGACAUUAAUGAUAAUGCUCCGGAGUUGCUGGUGACGUCGCUAUUAUUGUCUGUUCCAGAGGAUGCUAUAAUGGGAACUGUUAUCGCCCUAAUCAGUGUAACUGACCGUGAUGCUGGGGAAAACGGGCAGGUGACCUGCUCACUAACACACCACGUUCCCUUCAAGCUGGUGUCCACCUUCAAGAACUACUAUUCGCUGGUGCUGGACAGCGCCUUGGAUCGCGAGAGCGUGUCGAACUAUGAGCUGGUGGUGACCGCAAGGGACGGAGGAUCGCCUCCGCUCUCCGCCACCGCCAGCUUGUCCGUGGAAGUGGCGGACGUGAACGACAACGCGCCGGCGUUCGCGCAGCCCGAGUACACGGUGUUCGUGAAGGAGAACAACCCGCCCGGCUGCCACAUCUUCACGGUGUCGGCGCGGGACGCGGACGCGCAGGAGAACGCGCGGGUGUCCUACUCGCUGGUGGAGCGGCGCGUGGGCGAGCGCGCGCUGUCGAGCUACGUGUCGGUGCACGCGGAGAGCGGCAAGGUGUACGCGCUGCAGCCGCUGGACCACGAGGAGCUGGAGCUGCUGCAGUUCCAAGUGAGCGCGCGCGACGCGGGCGUGCCUCCGCUGGGCAGCAACGUGACGCUGCAGGUGUUCGUGCUGGACGAGAACGACAACGCGCCCGCGCUGCUGCCGCGGCCCGGCGCGGGCGGCGGGGGCGGCGCGCUGAGCGAGCUGGUGUCGCGGUCGGUGGGCGCGGGCCACGUGGUGGCGAAGGUGCGCGCGGUGGACGCGGAUUCCGGCUACAACGCGUGGCUGUCGUUCGAGCUGCAGCCGGCAGCGGGGGGCGCGCGCAGCCCGUUCCGCGUGGCGCUGUACACGGGCGAGAUCAGCACGACGCGCCCCCUGGACGAGGCGGACCCGCCGCGCCAGCGCCUGCUGGUGCUGGUCAAGGACCACGGCGAGCCGGCGCUGACGGCCACGGCCACCGUGCUGCUGUCGCUGGUGGAGAGCGGCCAGGCGCCAAAGGCGUCGUCGCGGGUGUUGGCGGGCGCCGCUGGCGCCGAGACGGCGCUGGUGGACGUCAACGUGUACCUGAUCGUCGCCAUCUGCGCGGUGUCCAGCCUGCUGGUGCUCACGCUGCUGCUGUACACGGCGCUGCGGUGCUCGGCUCCGCCCAGGGAGGGCGCGUGCGGGCCUGGGAAGCCCACGCUCGUGUGCUCCAGCGCGGUGGGGAGCUGGUCGUACUCGCAGCAGAGGCGGCAGAGGUGUGCUCUGGGGAGGGCGCGCCCAAGACCGACCUCAUGGCCUUCAGCCCUAGUAUUCCUCCUUGUUUAAAUUCUGGAGAUAGUGGAGAACAGAUUUUCGGG